GGGGGCGAGAAGCUAGCAUCCGAAUCAUUUGCCAUGCUGAGUGUGGUGGGGAGGAGCCGUUCCGGCGCGCUAGUCCGUGUUCAUGGCGUCAUGUACCUGAGACCUUGCUACGCACAUGCAGCCAUGUCAACAGAGUCUUUGUCUGCCUUUCAGAGACUCAAGAAGAACGUGUUGGAUCCGUUCACGUUUGGCGCCAAGGAGCUCAUCAGGGAAAAUCGCGAGGCGUGGGCAAGUCGCUCCAAGCUGCAAGCGACGCCUGGGAUAGUACUGACCCGUCGCGAGAUGUUCGUGUUGCGACAAGCGCCUCGUGACCUGCUCAAGUCACUCCCUCUCUUGAUCGCGUUCGCCGUGCCGAUCGUCGGGUACUUUGCUCCAGUCCUGGGGUAUUACUACCCGAAGGUGGCCCUGCCGUGGCAGUUCUGGACCCCCGCGCAAAAGGUGCAAUUCUUUGAGCAAGACGUGCGUCAAAAGGAAGCAUUUUACAAAGACAUUUCUCAACUGGUCGCGUCCCUCGAUACGACAAACACAUUCCUCAGGGAUGCUGCUGCUUCCUACACUACGGAUACCGGUAACGACGGUAAGGAGAAGAUGGACCCAAAAACGUUGCCGGAGUUCCGAGACUUAUUUACCUCCCCCGCCGCGUUGAAGUCACUGUCGACGAUUCACUUGAACCUGCUCGUCCAAGCCACGUCGGCCUCUCCCUUUGUCAAGGUGUACAAGUACCUCCCAAAAUCCAGCGUCGUGCAGCGCCUGGAAAAGCGCGCGACUGAAAUAACCGUGGACGACCACUUGUUGCUCCAGGAUGGCGUCGUCGACGCCCUAUCGUUGGACGAACUUGUGUUCGCAUGCGAAGAACGCGGUUUGGUUGUUGCAUCGUACAGCGAUAAGGACGCCUGCCGCGCAGCUCUCAAGGAGUGGCUGUCAAUGUACAAUCCCAAAGCACCCGAGGCAUAUCCGCCGUCGAUGUUGCUGCAUGCUCCUGCCCUCGCCAACUUUUCCUAACUUGAUCAACACGCAAUUUCUGCAAACAUCC